AUGUGUCCAUGUGAGAUUUCGCAUGGACAACACUUUGGAUUCGAGCAACUGGCAGUUGUGCCCACAGGUGUUCCGCGCUCUGAUGCAGAUUCGUGGGCCAUGUACCAAAGACCUUUUUGCGGACAGACUGAAUGCCCAGUUGCCUCAGUUUUUCAGCUAGAGGCCAAAUCCAAAAGCGAUUGCCUCGGAUGCCCUUCAACAGGAUUGGUCGCACGAGAAAAGCUAGUAUGCAUUCCCUCCGUUUUGCCUGUAAAUGAGAUCACUAGCGAAGUUGAGGGCACAAGGGGCAGAGUUUAUACUAGUCACACAUUUGUGACCAACGCAAGCUUGGUACACCAACGGCAACUUAUUGGAUCUCUCAGUAUCCCUACCAGUUCUCCUCCCUAUGAGCACAUCUCUGUUACUAGGCCCUCAGGGGGAGAUACACCCUUUGAUUGCGAACCAGACUCUUCAAUUGGCCGCUUGGCAUGUAUCAAGCGAUCUUCACAAUCGGAAGGCAUUCGUACAGAUGCUUCCAAGCUCAUCUUGGCAGCUAGGCACAAACGCAGUUUACGUCUCCGCCUGGAAAAAAUGACAUGGCUGGUGUCUCGGCCGGGAAAUUGA